CCCUCCGGCGGCUCGUAACCAGCUACUAGCCAGUCCCGGUAGACACUAGUCAACAGUUAAUAUUCAAUAUUCUCUCGUUUACUUAUGUAUUAUACGAAGUUCGAUCUUCUUCGGCCUUCUUUUCAAAUUGAAAUUGUUAUUAUUUUAUUUCCCCAAGCUCGAAGUUAACGGACAGAAUAUCGUGGGAAGUAUUUCACAUUUAAACCAGUCAUUACAGUAUGAGUGGAUUCUUUUUCGAUAAGACUCCGACAAAAAGGACAAAUGGGGACAGCGAGGAAAGCUCAAACGAGUGCUCUCCGUUAACUGAGUUUCACUAUGAUUCUAAUUCGCCAGUCAUCAAUUGGGAUUUUCCCAAACCUCGUGUUAGCAGGAAAGUGAAAGAAGCUGCUAAAGCACUUGCUCAAACAAUGAGUAAUAUAGGAAAGCCUAAACGAUCGAAAAUGGUUUUGCAAAUGCAAAGAGGACGUUCAAAACCGAGAACAUCUGGCGAUUUUCCAUCUUCACCUUUAUCUCAUUUCACUAAAGACGAUAAAAUUGACCAGAAAAAAAAGAUACAGCCAAGGGCCAAAUUUGAUUUUGAAGCACUCGAAAAAAUUGAUUUAGGACAACUAGAUUCAGAAACUGUUGUUAAUAUAAAAGCCGGACUUAGCGAUGACUCAUCAAAUCAAAAUUCACCAUCCUCCUCGUCGAGUAGUGCAAAAUCGAUUCAAACCUCCCAAAAUGCAUUAACGACAAAGGGAAAUAAAAGAAAGGCACCUCAUACUGCAAAUCAAAGUGUGAAAUUGGGCCGGAUUUCCAAGGAACAAGAGAGUCCCAGGGUUAAUAGUGACUCAUUAGGUGGAAAAAGAAACCAAUCUAAAGAAAAGGAAAAUUUUCUUAUUGAUCAACUCUUAGACGAUGACCUAGCGUUUUUUAUGACACCCGAGUUAGCGUCAUUGUAAAUUAGAGCCUGUAUUAAGUAACUGUCUGUGAUAAACCAAGAACAUUGGGUUUGUACCUUCAUAUUUUGUAAAACGCUCGUGCGAUUGUAAUUUUAUUGUAGGCUUAAUCAUGCUACGAGUACAAUGCUAAAGAAAAUUGAUAUGUGCCUAUAGAUUGACUGAUAAAUUGUUGACUUGUUGUAGUAUUACUCAAGAGUUAGCAUCAUUGUAGAGUUGAUGCACCUGACUGUGAUAUAUCAAGCACUUUGGAUUUGUUCCUUCAUUAAUCUUUUUUAUUUUUUAUUUUUAUUUGGUUUGUAAAACAGAAUAAAAAUGAAGUGUAAUCUAGAGAGUAGAAUUUUGUAUGAUAUUUUAUAUCAGGCAGACGUUUGCUGUGGUGUCUUAUACAUUAAAUGCUGUGUCAAAUCUUAAUAGACCUAGCUUAAAUUUGAAACUACUUAAA